CACGCAGCAUACGUACUCGCACGACCAUGUCUUUAGUCAAACUUUUGACCGUGGUUGCCUGUUUAAGUUUAUCAGUACCAUUUAGUAAUGGUGCUAAAAUUUUAGGAUUUUUCCCAUUUCCAUCUAUCAGUCAUCAAGUCGCAUUCAGACCUCUGAUGCACGAACUUGCUCGAAGAGGCCAUCAAGUAACUGUAAUCACACCAGAUCCAGCCUUUCCCAAAGGAGGAACGCCACCUAAUUUAACCGAGAUCGAUGUCCACGAUGCGACAUACCGCAUGUGGCACGAACAAUUCGUGGCCACACCAAAAGGCCAUAAAGGGAAUCUGGUAGCCGAUUUCAAUAUCAUCUACAAAUUAACAGCAAAAAUUGUAGAUGUUGAAUUGAAAGAUGAAGAAGUGAAAAGAUUGAUUAACGAUAAAAAUCAAACAUUCGAUCUUAUAUUCGCUGAAGCUAUGAUGAGGCCUGCGAUAGUAUUUUCACAUAUAUACAAAGCUCCGGUGAUUUUAAUGAGUUCCUUUGGAUCGUUUAGUGACAAUUACGAAGUUAUGGGUGCGCCUAUCCAUCCAUUUUUGUAUCCGUUUACUGUGAGCAGAAGAUUGCACAGUACGUCAUUGUGGGAUAAAAUAGGACAUUUGUACGAUUACAUUAGGAUUACCAUGAUACAGAAGAACAACUACAUUGAAGAGAAUCGAAUACUCAGAUCGCAUUUUGGAGAUAACAUACCAUCAGUUCAAGAGAUGAACAACAAUGUUGCUAUGUUAUUCUUGAAUCUGAAUCCAAUUUUCGAAGGAAAUCAACCGGUUCCUCCCUCUGUUAUACAUGUGGGUGGUAUUCAUCAGAAGCCUCACAAGCCUCUACCAAAGGACUUAAAAUCAUACCUGGAUUCUUCGAAAAACGGCGUAGUUUACGUCAGUUUUGGAACAAAUGUGGAUCCAACAUUAUUUUCGCCGGAGAAAAUUGCAAUGUUCGUACGAGCUUUCUCCCGAUUGCCUUACGACGUGCUAUGGAAGUGGAACAAGGACGAACUGCCAGGGCGUACAGACAAUAUCAAGAUAUCUAAAUGGCUCCCACAGUCUGACCUGCUGAGACACCCAAAAAUCAAAGCGUUUGUAACACAAGGAGGUUUACAAUCGACAGACGAGGCUAUAACCGGAGGCAUCCCUAUGAUUGGAAUACCAAUGUAUGGAGACCAAUGGUAUAAUGUAGUCAAGUACGAAAAACUGAAGAUUGGCCUGAAAUUGGAGUUAGAUACUCUUACCGAUGAAGCUCUUUUAGAAGCUAUACACAAAGUUAUUGAUGAUGAAAGUUACCGUCGCAAUGUAAAGAAAUUGGGCGAGCUGAUGACUGAUGAGCCGAUGACACCACUAGAGCGCGCUGUGUGGUGGACGGAACACGUGCUGCGUCACGGCGGCGCGAGACAUCUCCGAGGACCUGCAGCCAACAUGUCGUGGGCAGAGUACUAUGAACUAGACCUAGUACUAACACUUCUCUUAGCGCUAGUCAUCGCCAUAGCAACCAUCGUUCUAAUCGCAAAAUAUUUAUACAAUCAAGUUUUUACAAAAUACAUUGCUAUUAUAAAAACUAAGCGCGCGUGAUGAUCAUAAUAAUAUCAUUUUAUGGAAGAUUUUGUGAUUGUAUAGAUAUGUACGCUUCAUUGAGUAUAAAAAAGAUAAGUUAUUUACAUUGACUGGAUAUAAUAAUAUGAAAGCUAAAGUGCCUGUCAUUUCACACGGCAUGAUAAGCAAACUCAUAAAUACACAUUAUCCUAUCAUAAUCUAUUUUGUAAUUAGUUCCUGUGGAUAAAGUCAAAGACAUAGGUAGGAUUUAUUUUCAUUAAUCGUUAAACAGGCAUUUUGAUAUCACAUGGUUGAAUAGUCAGUCUGUAUAUCAUUGGAUAUAAUUGCUUAUUAACAAGCGUAGGUAGAUUUGUUAGGAGAAUAACUGGCAAGUAAAGUCCGUGCACAAAAAAAAAUCAUAUUAGACCUAUUCCAAAAUACAAAACGUCCUCUAAAUAUGUUGGUUCAGAACAUAAUGAUUGGUUAACGCCGUAUUUUUAUCUUAAUUCUUGACAUCACUACAUAGUAUAAAACCAAGUCGCUUUCUCUGACCCUAUCUGAAUUUUUAAAACUAUAUAACGGAUUUUGACGCCUUUAUUAGUUCUAGUAAAUGAAGAGGAGGGUAUAUGUGUAUUGUAUAAUAACAUCUAUUAAGAAGUGGAGAAAUUUAGUAUCAACAAUGCAGCCGUGCAAAGUUGGGAUGGGUCGCUAGUCGCUAUAAAAAUCGUCUACGCAUGUAAAAGAUUUUUUUAGCCGCAUCUGUAGGAUUUCAAAGAUUUAUAGUUAUGUAGGUACAUUCGUUUUGGCAUUAAUAUUGUAAGUCAAUUUUACUUCAUCUGUAGUUUAACUCAUUGUAACGCUCAUGAUCUCUCACCAAAGAUAAAUAUUAUAAUUAGUAUAUAAUUCACAAUGACCAUUAUUAAAUAAUUUUAGUUAGUAGGCACUUAAUUUAAUGUUUAAAAUGUUGU